UUAAUAACUUUUCCAACCAAAACUUCUCGUUGCGAACGAAAAAAAAAUUAUUUACUUUGUUUUGUAAAAUAUAAUGGCCGGUGAACCCUCUGACCACACUGUGGUGAUAAAAUGGAGUGGUCAAGAGUACAAAUUAAGCGUUGAUAAAGAUGGCAUGGUGGCAGAUCUUAAGAAAACAAUACAAGAUGCAACCGGUGUACUCCCAGAAAGACAGAAACUACUCGGGUUAAAAUUCAAAGGGAAACCUCCAGCGGAUGAUGUCCACUUAACGGAUUUGAAGUUAAAACCUACCACCAAAAUCAUGAUGAUGGGAAGCAGAGAGGAAGAGCUGGAUAAAGUGAAGGAAGCUCCAAAGGACCUGCCAGAAGUGGUGAAUGAUUUUGACAUAGAAGAGGAAGAGAUAGCUAUAGAAAACAGAGAAGAGUACCUUUCCAAAAUAGACAGGCGCAUCAAAGACUAUAAAAUCACUGUACUAAAUGAACCAAGGCAAGGGAAGAAACUCUUGGUAUUGGACAUUGAUUACACUUUGUUUGACCACAGAUCAGUGGCUGAAACAGCCAAUGAAUUAAUAAGGCCAUACUUACAUGAAUUUCUGCAGUCGGCUUAUGAGGACUAUGACAUAGUUAUAUGGUCUGCUACAGGGAUGAAAUGGGUGGAGGUAAAAAUGAAGGAACUAGGGGUAACUUCAAACCCCAACUACAAGAUAUGCUUCAUGCUGGAUAGUCUUGCCAUGAUCAGUGUCCAUACACCAAAAUAUGGAGUCAUUGAGGUGAAGGCACUUGGAGUGAUUUGGGGCAAAUAUGAACAAUGGAGUGCCAAAAAUACAAUUAUGUUUGAUGAUAUUCGAAGAAACUUUAUCAUGAAUCCCCAAACAGGGCUAAGG